UAGACAUGAAUGAUAUUAUUACCACUGGAAAUGUACUCAAAGAAAAAGGAUAUAAUAAAGUGUCCCCAUUUUUUGUACCUCGAAUACUUUCUAAUAUGGCUGCAGGUCAUAUUGCUAUAAAUUAUGGUUUUAAAGGUCCUAAUCAUUCAGUAUCAACCGCUUGUGCUACAGGGCUUCAUGCAAUUGGAGAUGCAUAUAAUUUUAUUCGAAAUAAGCAAGCAUCUGUAAUGAUUUGUGGAAGUACUGAAGCUGUCAUUAGUCCAGUUUCAUUGGCUGGAUUUUCACGUAUGAGAGCUUUGGCAACACAUUUUAAUUCUUCUCCAGAAAAAGCCUCACGACCUUUCGAUAAAGAUCGAGAUGGUUUUGUGAUGGGCGAAGGAGCUGGAAUAUUAGUUCUUGAAUCACUCUCCCAUGCUAUUGAAAGAAAUGCCAAAAUAUAUGCAGAAAUUCUAGGCUAUGGUCUUUCUGGUGAUGCAUAUCAUAUUACAUCACCUUGCAGUGAUGGUAGUGGAGCAUAUCGUUGUAUGCAGGAAGCUCUGUUACAAAAUAACAUCAGCAUAAAUGAUGUUGGGUAUAUUAAUGCUCAUGCAACUUCAACACCACUUGGUGAUGCUAUUGAAGUGAAAGCAAUACAUGAUUUAUUUGGAAGCCAUUCAAAUUCUUUAGUUAUGUCUUCAACAAAGGGUGCAUUAGGACAUCUUCUGGGAGCUGCUGGUAGUGUAGAAGCCAUUUUUACUGUACUGGCAUGUUUUACCAAUAAUAUACCCCCAAAUGUAAAUCUGGAUAACACUGAUAUAAAAUUGCCUGUAAAUUUUGCAGGGAAAGAUUCACAAGUGUGGCCAGGUAAUCCGAGUGAUAAACGUGUAGCAUUAACAAAUUCAUUUGGUUUUGGUGGAACUAAUGCUUCACUUGCAUUUUGUAAAUCUGAAGUGAAUUAAUUUUGUCAAAUCUUUGGUAGGGAUAUUUAAUUAAUGUAUAUGGAUUAUAUAUUUUGUUACGUAACAGAGUUAUGUCUGAAUAAUUUUAGAAAUGUGAUGUAUAAAUUUAAAUGUUUCGUGGGUGUAAUUUUGUUAUAAAUCUA